UGAUGGUGGAGUCAUGCUUUCAAGUAAACCAGCUUUGUUUGUGAUCAUAAGAUUCGCUAAGUUAUUGAUGUUGGACUAGUCCUUUUUUUUAUGUCUGAGAAUUUUCUAUUGGAGUCUUAAUUUAUAAUUUACGGAUUUUAUGAUUGCAACUGCUCCACAACCUUUUAAUUUUCUAUGCUACUAAUAUCAUUGCCUUUCUACAAAUUGGCAUCUUGGACAUUUCUUUGAGCUUGGUUUUCUUCUAUUCUAUUUUACAGUUUUGGUGAUCAUCAAUUCUACUAGACUACUCCAACCAAUUUUGAAAUCAUGGUGGAAGCUAGUGAAGAUGCGGUUGCAGUUGAUGCCCGUUCCACUGAAGACUGGUUGUUACAUGCACAGGAAUUUAUUCCUGUUUCUCUUGCUAAGGCAAGAGAGGUUAAGGGGUUCCCUGGUAGGUGGAAGAUGAUCGUUUCAAAAUUGGAGCAGAUUCCAUCACGCUUAUCGGAUUUGUCUAGCCACCCUUGUUUCUCCAAGAAUGCUCUUUGCAAGGAGCAAUUGCAGGCUGUGUCAAAGACGCUAGAAGAAGCCAUUGAAUUGGCUGAGUUGUGUGUGAAGGAGAAGUACGAGGGUAAGCUUCGGAUGCAAAGUGAUCUUGACGCCUUGAUUGGGAAACUGGAUUUGAAUUUAAAGGAUUGUGGUCUCCUGAUCAAGACGGGUGUGCUCGGUGAGGCUACUUUGCCAUUAACUGUGUCAGGUCCUAUGGCAGAAUCAGAUACUUCAACACAUGGCAAUAUAAAGGAACUACUCGCACGCCUUCAGAUUGGUCACUUGGAAGCAAAGCACAGAGCUUUAGACAGGCUCUAUGAAGUUAUGAAAGAAGAUGAGCAGAAUGUUUUGGCUGUUCUUGGUAGGAGCAACGUUGCUGCUUUAGUUCAAUUGCUCACAGCAACAUCCCCACGGAUAAGGGAGAAGACAGUUACAGUUAUAUGCUCAAUUGUGGAAUUGGGGAGCUGUGAAAACUGGCUAGUUUCUGAAGGAGUUCUGCCACCUCUUAUAAGACUCGUUGAAUCCGGUAGUGUCAUGGGUAAAGAGAAGGCUACGGUAUCUCUUCAAAGGUUGUCCAUGUCAGCAGAAACAACCCGUGCAAUUGUCGGACACGGUGGGGUUCGGCCCUUGAUUGAGCUUUGUCAAAGUGGUGAUUCUGUGACACAGGCUGCUGCUGCUUGUACUCUGAAGAAUGUAUCGGCUGUUCCUGAGGUGAGACAGAUUUUGGCUGAAGAAGGUAUUGUAAAGGUUAUGAUCAAUCUCCUUAGUCAUGGAAUUUUGUUGGGUUCCAAAGAGUAUGCAGCAGAGUGCUUGCAGAAUCUCACUGCAAGCAAUGAGAAUCUGAGAAGGUCUGUUAUAUCAGAAGGCGGUGUUACGAGUCUUUUGACUUAUCUUGAUGGUCCACUUCCUCAAGAAUCUGCAGUUGGAGCAUUGAGGAAUCUUGUUGGAUCAGUUUCUGAGGAAACUUUGGUUUCUCUUGGUUUGAUUCCCCGUUUGGUUCACGUGUUGAAGUCCGGAUCCUUAGGUGCUCAACAAGCUGCCGCGUCUGUUGUAUGCCGCAUUUGCAGCUCAAUGGAGAUGAAGAAAAUGAUUGGUGAAGCUGAUUGCAUCUCUCUUCUUAUAAAGAUGCUUGAGGCUAAAGCAAAUACUGCUAGAGAAGUUGCUGCUCAAGCCAUUUCAAGCCUAAUGGUUCUGUCCCAAAAUCGUAGAGAAGUUAAGAAAGAUGAUAAAAGUGUGCCAAAUCUAGUCCAGUUGCUUGAUCCAAGCCCACAAAACACUGCGAAGAAAUAUGCAGUGUCUUGCCUCGGAUCACUUUCUUCUAGUAAGAAGUGUAAGAAACUGAUGAUUUCUUAUGGUGCAAUUGGGUAUCUAAAGAAGCUCACUGAGAUGGAAAUUCCAGGAGCUAAAAAGCUGCUUGAGCGGUUGGAAAGAGGGAAACUGAGAAGCUUGUUCAGUAGAAAAUAGAGGAACCAUUGAAAGUUGUUGCAACUGGCUUUUUGUAUCAUGAAGCUUUUUCUUUAUUACUUUUGUUCUCAUCAAUGUUGUUUCAUUGUCUAUAUGAAACAAGUAGCUUAGAGUGUAAACUGUGGAAUGCCAAAGUUUGGUAACCUGUGUAAUCAAUGUUUAGAUUAUGUGAUGUUUA